AUGUUGAAAGCUCACGGACAGUUCAAACCAUUCCCUUGUAAGGGCAAUCUUUAGCGCCGAAAAUCCAAAGUCGGUCAUUUUUCAGCGCUGAUUACAAAUUUCUUUUUCCAUAUUAAUUUCGUAAGUUGUAUCGUUGGAAAGAUCUCUCUUUACUCUAUAAUCACUGCAAAUUUUACACGUCAAUCUUACAGUAUUCCCUUGCGACACCCGCGUAAAUGCGGGCUAUUUUAGAAAAAUUCGAAAAAAUCGGUGUCGGAAUCAUUCCAAAAAAGUACAGAACGCUGUGCGGGGAAGUCGAAUUUUUAUAACGAUGAAAAAUCAAAAUUCCCAAGAAUUCGCACUUUUGGAGCAAAAUUUGCAUAGCUUGAAAUUCUUCCAUGAAUGUCACCCUCUGUCAGCUGGAUUGGCCAUUCUAUUCUUCUUCACGUUCAUCUGUGUGGUCGCUUUUCCCAAAUAUUGGUGAAAAGAAUCUCAAGGCUUCCAUUUGGUAUAUUGUGCUGGAACAGUAAGCGAAAAGUGUUUUUUGUGUGUCCAAUAUAUGUAUGUGCAUUAUUCAAUGAGUUUGCCGUUUAGUCCGAAAUUAGCGAGAUGGACGAGAAAGCGGCGCAGCAGGCGGGGGAAAUGCAACAGAAGCUCCUUGGAUUGGAGAACAAGGGAAGUAAGGAGGUGGCUGAGACUCAGCCCACGGACGGAAUGGGCGCGCUUGCGGGCUCGGGCAGCGAUGAUGACGGGCUAAACGAUGACCUGGAAGUCGGGGGCAGUGCCACUCCCAAGAAUAUUGUCGGUCCGGCAUCUCCGGCACAGAAGGCUCACCAGAAACAGCCAAAGAUGACUGAUGGAAUCAAAAAUUGCGAAUUUUAUCAUGGAGUCGUGCCUGAUGCUGAAGUGGCUGAUUUGCUGAAAAAGAAUGGAGACUUUUUAUUGGCUUCGAAGUACGGUGAAGCCAAGAAAAAUGUGGUCUGUUAUGUGAAAUGGCAGAAUCAAAUUAAGUUAUUGGAAUUUACGCAAUCUGCGGACGGCCGGGAAGUGACUUUGGACCGGGUUUGCUAUAAACCGACAAUCUUGGAGCUGAUAAAGUAAGCUUUAUGGGCAAAGGUCACCGUUUUUGUUAUAUUGAACUGAAACUUUCGCCUUUAGUCAUCAUCAAAAAAACGGCAUGCCCAUUGGAAACAACGGGGCUCGUCUUGUGGUGGCGGUCGAAAAGCAGGCGUGGGAGUUGGACCCGAAGGACGUCAUCACCGGUCGACUUCUCGGCGAAGGGGCCUUUGGCCAAGUGUUCUUGGGGAGUCUAAUGCGGCAUGGAAAAUCUACAGAAGUGGCCAUAAAAAUGCCUCGAGGCUCGCCGGGCAAAGAUCAGGAAAUCAGGAAAAGAGCGAUGGAGGAGGCGCGGAUUCAACGAGACUACAACCACCACAAUGUUGUCCGACUCUACGGAGUGGUCUUUACUGCAAAUCGACUCUGUGUACGUGGUUUUGAGAGGUUUUUGAUGGGGGAUUUUGAUGAUUUAGCUGUGAACAUUGUAAUUAGUACGUGUGUUUUGGAAGGCGCUUAAUUUUCCAGAUUGUUCUUGAAUAUCUCGCCGGUGGAGCGUUGGAUUCCUACGUGAAGACGAAUCCCCAGUGCACACCGAAAAUUCAAGCCGCAUUUUGCUUUGAUGUUGCGGUUGGAAUGGAGUAUUUGCAUGCCAACAAAUGUCUUCAUCGAGAUAUGGCUGCGAGGAAUUGUUUGGUCGAUCUAACGUUUCCGUGUGCCAAGAUCUCGGACUUUGGCUUGUCGGCGAAAGGGACCAUCCAUGAGAUGGACCGGGCCAGGCCAACUCCCAUCCGUUGGAUGGCGCCGGAAGUUCUGAAGACGGCGAACUAUACGAAAGCGGCGGACAUCUGGAGCAUGGCGUAAGAUUAUGUGGGCCACUCGAAACUCCCAACCUCUUUUCAAGUAUUUCUCCGCCAAUAGUGAACCAAUUUCGAUAAAAUUUAUAUCAAAUUGAAGCUGAGACACCCCGCUUCUUGUCCACCUAAUAUGGCUUUUCCAAUUCCGAGAAACUCAAUUGAAAAUCGUUCUAAAAAAUUUCUAAGUUUUACCGAUUUUGAGCGCCAAAAUUUUUAAUGAAAAUGUAAAAGGUCAGUGCGGGUGCCUCCGUGAAGCUAGGCGGGCCAUGUUUGGUGGACAAGAAAUGGGGUGUGUCAGCUUCAGUUUGAUAUAAAUUUUAUAGAAAUUGGUGCAUUAUUAGCGAAGAAAUACCUGAAAAGAGGUUGGGAGUUUCGAGUGGCCCCCCACCCUGUAGAAUUAUUGAAUCGGAACCCAAGAAUAAUGUGUGGAAGCUGUUACCUAACUGUUUGUAUUUUAGCAUCAUUUUCUGGGAGAUCUUCAAGAAAUGCAAGGAGUUACCCUAUGCGGAUAAGGACCUAAAACAAGUUCAGACCUCCCUUUGGCAUAACCCCAACUUCCAUCCGGAUAUUGAUCCGGCCUUGCCAAGGGAGCUGAAGAAUAUUAUGGAAACAUGCUGGAAUCAUGACCCCAAACUGAGACCAUCAGCCACGAAGAUUGCCGAUUAUCUUGCUUGCCUUUCGUAUAGAGCGAGGUCAUUUUUCUGUUUCAAAGCUCGGUUACUCUGUCAUUUAGGUUACUGUAACAAGAUGACUUUUUUCAGGUAUCCUGCUACUCAUCAGAUGAACAAAACUUUGAAAAUGCGCGAAAAUGCCUCCAAAAACAAGCCUCUACUGGGUAAAGAUAAAAACAAGUCCUCGCGAAGUUCCCAAGGAAGUUCCGCAAGCAAGGGACCUUCCAAAUCCAAGGAGAAGAAGAGCAGGGCCAAGGAUGGAGCAGAGUCCAAGAAACCAGGCGGAUCAAAGCAGAGAAGAUCCAAGAACGAGCCGAUUCCUUGA